CAAUCUAUCAAAUCUACGUUGCAAUCGUACGUACGUAUAGCUCUUCCCCCACCCCCCCUCUGGGAUUUGGGCAGGGCGUGGAGGCGACGUGCGACUUGGCGUUGGCAUGAGAGAUGGGUGAAGGAGAAGCCAAAUUAAGACAUUGGAUGGCACGAUAGGACUUGGGCGUGGGCAAAACCCACGGUGAUUGGUGCGUGGAUGGAUGCAGGUGGGGUUGGGUGAUGGGUGCUUUGGUGGUGAAGUUGAAGAAAAAAACUUGCAUGGAAUUUCUUCUCUUUAACAAGGGUGGAGCUUGGCAUUUUGUGUCUGACGUGAGAGCGGUUUUUUUUCAAGGCAGUGGAAUGUAACCGGUGUUAACCAAUCGCACUAAACUGAUAUUUUGUGUGUCUUAACAAGAGUGGGCGGGGGGGGGGGAGUCCUCUUGUGUGUCUCGUAUGUUUUUUUAUAAGAAGGCACAACGACGUGCAUUUGAUCAAAUGUCAAAAGGAUACAAUUGACCUAGUAAGACGCACAGAGACCAACAAAGCCGUUGUUUUUUUACCCUACAGCAAUAAGGGCAAGUUUGCACAAACGACUCUCGAGAGGAUUUGUUACCAUGCACGGUACCGAAAGGGGGCGGCUGGCGGUGGGGGGGUGAGAUUCAAAUAGCGUCGUCUGUUGAUUCACUGCGCCCACACUUGCGCGCCCGUCUCUUGCAGGGUUGUAGGUGUAAGGAGGGGAGACAUCAUUCCGUUGGUCCAUGACAGAAGUACGCAGACCCUCCUCCUCCACCACCACGUCCGCCCACCUCUCAGGACCAUUAUAAUCCACGGACGGAGAUGACACGAGACGCAGUCACGCCCUUCGGGAGCGUACAUUGCUCUCCGGGCAUGAGGACCUGCAAAUUCCUGAUGAUAAAUGUCGGCGUGUCGGUCGUCCUGUACGUCUGCAUCAUGGCCAUGUUCCUGCGCACCGAGAGGCACGAGGUGUGCCCGCUGUGCCGCUGCGCCACCACCGCGGCGCCCGACUCGGCCCGCCUGCGCAGCGAGGAGCGCAUCGUGGCCGCGGUGCUGGGCGCUCAGAACCACACGGCGGCGGCGGCGUUCGGGGCCCUCCUGCAGGAGCUGGGCCUCCUGAGGACCUCCUUGCGCGACCUGCACGGCAGCGCCAACGGGUCGAGCGCGCGCAACGAGGGCAUCGUCAGGGCCAUCCUGGAGGACGUGCGGGAGCUGCUGGAGGCGAGCAGAGCGGCCAAGCGGGCGGCGGCGGUGGCGGCGGCGGUGACGGAGUCCCCGGAGAGGCUCGUCCAGGAGAAGAGGGACGCGGAGCAGCAGCGGGAGGCGUGGAGCUCCUUGCAGCGGAACGUGGAGCACAUGCAGCGGCUGUACACGAACUUCUCGCUGACGGUCAGCGAGGCGGUGAGGAGGCAGUUAGCGGCGGUGACGACGGAGAGGCCCCACAUACGGCGGGACACCUACAGCAUGUCACUCGCGUGCAGGCCCAUCCCUAAGCGCAACAACAGCGCCUGGUUCAAGAGCCACUACAACGACACUGUGACGCCCUUCCUCACCAACCAGACGGCCACCCUCUCCAACGACACCCUCAAGUGGUUCAAGACGAUGCAGUCGGACCGCAACACCCCGGAGAAGCUGCAGGCCCUGGUGACCACCUUGCUGUCGCUGCUGCCGCCCAACGCCGGCUUCCCGCGCCCAUCCUCCAAGAGCUGCUUGCGCUGUGCCGUCGUGGGCAACUCGGGCAACGUGAAGGACCUGCGCUACGGGACCUUCAUAGACCAGCACACUUUCGUCUUCAGAAUGAACAACGCGCCGGUGCAGUGCUUCGAGCGCGACGUGGGGAAACGCACGACGCAUCGCUUCGUCUACCCGGAGAGCUUCAAGGAGGACAUCGCCACCGGAGUGGGCCUCGUGCUUAUGGCCUUCAAGUCCAACGAUUUCCUGUGGCUGCUCAACAAGCUGCCCAACUACAAUGUCUCAAGAUUUUUGUUAAAGAAGAAGGUUAGCCUACUGGACCUAAAACAAACCAAGGUGUUGGUGGUGAACCCCACGUUCAUGAAAUAUGUACGCGAGGCCUGGAGUGAGAAGCACGGCCGAUAUCCCUCCACGGGCUUCCUCACCACCUUGUUUGCGUUGCACGUCUGCGACGAGGUGAACCUCUUUGGCUUUGGGCAAGACCGCCGCGGGAGCUGGCACCACUACUGGGCGGACACGUACACGGGGGGAGCGGCCUGGCGCAAGACUCUCGUCCAUGACGGCGACUACGAAGCGAGCAUCCUGGCGAGGCUGGACGAAGAGGGCAUCAUAAACAUCUACCGCGAGUCUUGACGAGGAGCCUGUGGUCGUGGUGGGUGUGCCACGGUGGGGUGGGGGGAGGGGGUUGGGAGUUUGCAGCGCUCUUCGUGAUGGAACCCUUGAAGGAGGACCGGUCGAGUCGAAGGCUUCAUUGGAAAUUUUCAAACCUGAAUGACUGUUAUAUAAUUACUUCCCUGCGGCUGCAAAAAUGAAAAAAAUUAGAUUGCAUUCUGAGCGACCCUUUCGAGGGCGGGACUUUCAGAGUAAGGCGUCGUCUGGCUGCGACGCUCACGGACGAGUCAUUGGUGGUUGAACCCUGGGCGGUUGCAAACAAUUUUUUGCACAGUAUGCUUCUUUGCCGGGUGCUGACAAUUGCACAGUUUGUCCGUGGAAACGUUGGAACUCGGCGAGACACGAUUGCUCGGCUUUAGGUAGGAGUUAUUCCUCAUUCGCUAUCGGCUACAUGGAGGGAAAUUGAGGAGGAGCGAAUCACUGAUAAACACGUAACAAACGUGGACAUUCCUAAAUGCUCUCUGCAACUAAAUGGUAAUAACACUGGCACUAUACCUGUUCACAAAUUGUCAACAAAACUGUGACGUGAGUAUAUAUGUGUAGGUGCUAUCCAGCAUGUAAUUCUGACUGUUUAUAUCAAUUUGUUUGGUUUACUUAAGUUUCUACCAAGCUUUUUUCAUCGGCUACCAAAGUGGACUAUCACGUGACGUCACAUCAUACAUAAUGUGACGUGUUUAAUUACCCAUAUCAUUGUGAUUUCUGAAAAUCAAUGAGAAAAAUGCGCACAUUAGUAAGUGGAAUCGAAUUUUUUUACGUUUAUCACCUCUACCUAUUUUUGACUGGAUAUGAUUGAUAUUUUGUUGUUGUCCAGCUUGUGUCAGGGAAUUAUGACAUUUCGAUCUCGCAUCCCAACUGACCAUCAGCCCUGAUGCAAGCUCGUUGACCCUUCCAUUUGGCACACAUUGAAAAUGCAGAAAUCUAUAAAAAUGCGUCGCUUUCUUGUGAAGAUGUAAAAAUACGCGAUGAAAUAAUGCGUUUUUUGGCACUGAAGAAAAAUUAGAUGAUGAUCUCCAUAACCUCUGACAUAUUUGCAAAAAAACCUCCACAUCUCCCUGUUGUAGAAUUUCCACCAAUGGCCCUGGACCAUCGACGGGGAGAGGCUGGCCAUUUUACGCACGGGGAUACUUUGACCCGGUCGUUAGGGGCCAGUUGGGGGCCUGACCCCUACCCACCCCCUACCUGGAGAGAAAAAAAAAGGAAAAUGGCACAAGAAAACAAAACAAAACUUUUAAAGUUUUUUUUUUUAAAACUGCACAUUAUUGAACGUCUUAGUCUAGUUAAUGUACAGAUUUGCGAUCGCAAUUGCUUGUGACUGGAAGUGAACGGGGCAGUUGUGAGAGUUGGCUCCUUCAGGGCUGGCGUGGAUACACCCGGACAUUCGAGUCAAAUGCAGCAUGCCAUUUUUCCCCCCUCUUCUCCUGGGCGUUUUAAGGGGAGCACCAGCCUCGGCCUCUUGCCUGCUGUGCCUUGCCCGGGGCACCAUUCGUCCGCCACGCUUGGCAGUUUUCUCAAAAUGAGGUGCAUGCGCCUCACAACCUUACCCAGCGCGAAGUUAUCCUUUUGUACUUUUUAGCAUUUUUAAGUUUCAUCAUUUCAUUUGUAGCCCGUUGUCAACCUGCUCCCGGAUAGAGGCAUCCCCGGGCCGUGUCAUUAAUGGGGACCGUUUGGCAAUAUUUCACCGUGCUGGUUAGUGCUGGUUGGUGAAUGGGGCAUG